AUACGACAGCGUUUUACGAAUAUUUUUUCUCGGACAGUUUGAUAUUUUUUGAUUAUAAAUUGACCAAAUAAUCCAUCACUCCGACAGUUAAUUACCAAGUCCCUCGCCUGAACCGGAGCGAACCCAUCACGUAGCCACCAGACGCGUCUUCGACCCACUUCGUCCGAACGUGCCCAUACAAUAGAACCUUUUCUUCUUAAUUUCUUUAAAAAAAGAUUUCAAUAAUCGAAGAAUUACAAGAAAAGAAUCGUAUAAUUAAUUCUCUCCUUCACUUUCUGGGAUUCGAAACACGCAUACGCAAAUUCGAGAUACACGAAGAAAGGAUCCAGAUCGUUUUCUGCUGGUGGAGAUAGAGAGAGAAUCACGAUGCCGGAAAUAUCGCCGGCUGAGCUCGCCAAGGUUUCUUCCUCGUCUUCUUCUUCUUCUUCCUCAAGUUCCGGCAGAGCGUCGGUGAAAAUCGAAGAGAUUGAAGGCGGUGCUGCUGCUAGUGGCGUCGUCAUUGUUUCUGAAGAACUUGAGACCAAUCCCAAAACUGUUGUUGCCUCCAUUGCUGAUGAAACUGUCGCUGAAUCUUCAGGUUUCAUUUUAUCCUCUUCUUGCAAUUGAAAAAACAGUUUUGGUUAAUUGUUGAUUCCUUUGUCUGGUUUGGAUUCAUUCUCGUUUGGAUGAUUUUCAGGUACUGGCAAUAAAAGCUUUUCUCGAGUAUGGACAAUGCCAUUGGAGGGUUCAUCGAGCAGUGAUAAGGCUGAAUCAUCAUCAACAAACCAACCUAGGUUAGAUAAAUCAAAGACUGAGAGGCAGCAAAAAGUUACUCACAUUCUUGCUGAGGAUGCUGCUAAGAUUUUCGAUGACAAAAUCUCUGCAGGGAAGAAGCUUAAAUUGCUGAACCGUAUAGCUACUGUGAAACAUGAUGGGACUGUUGAGUUUGAAGUUCCAGCAGAUGCUAUCCCUCAACCUAUUGUUGUUGAUCGUGGAGAAUCGAAAAACGGUGUUUGCGCUGAUGAGUCUAUUGAUGGGGUUGACCUUCAGUAUAUCCCUCCUAUGCAAAUUGUGAUGUUAAUUGUUGGAACACGUGGAGAUGUUCAACCUUUUGUUGCAAUAGCCAAACGGCUUCAGGACUAUGGCCAUCGAGUUAGACUUGCAACUCAUGCAAAUUUUAAAGAGUUUGUUUUGACUGCUGGAUUAGAGUUUUAUCCUCUAGGUGGAGAUCCAAAAGUGCUCGCCGGUUAUAUGGUUAAGAACAAGGGCUUUUUGCCAUCAGGCCCUUCAGAGAUUCCAAUUCAACGAAACCAAAUGAAGGACAUCAUAUAUUCUCUACUUCCAGCAUGUAAAGAACCUGAUCCAGAUUCUGGGAUUUCCUUUAAAGCUGAUGCAAUUAUUGCCAACCCUCCAGCGUAUGGACAUACCCAUGUGGCAGAAGCACUGAAGAUACCGAUUCACGUAUUUUUCACCAUGCCAUGGACACCAACAAGUGAAUUUCCACACCCAUUGUCACGUGUCAAACAACCAGCAGGAUACAGACUUUCAUAUCAAAUCGUCGAUUCAUUGAUCUGGCUUGGAAUAAGAGAUAUGGUAAAUGACCUUAGGAAAAAGAAAUUGAAACUACGGCCUGUUACAUAUCUAAGUGGAACACAAGGAUCUGGAUCUAAUAUCCCACAUGGAUAUAUGUGGAGUCCUCACCUUGUACCAAAGCCAAAAGACUGGGGGCCUCAAAUUGAUGUAGUGGGAUUUUGCUAUCUUGAUCUUGCAUCCAACUAUGAACCUCCUGCAGAGCUUGUGGAAUGGCUAGAAGCUGGUGACAAGCCCAUAUAUAUCGGCUUUGGUAGUCUCCCUGUGCAAGAACCAGAGAAAAUGACAGAAAUCAUUGUGGAAGCACUUCAAAGAACUAAACAGAGAGGAAUCAUCAACAAAGGUUGGGGUGGCCUUGGAAACUUGAAAGAACCGAAGGACUUUGUUUACUUGUUGGAUAAUGUCCCACAUGACUGGCUAUUCCCGAGAUGCAAAGCUGUGGUUCAUCAUGGUGGUGCUGGAACAACGGCUGCGGGUCUUAAAGCCUCGUGCCCAACUACAAUCGUGCCUUUCUUUGGAGACCAACCUUUUUGGGGAGAACGAGUGCAUGCUAGAGGUGUUGGUCCUUCACCAAUCCCAGUGGAUGAAUUCUCACUUCAUAAGCUUGAAGAUGCCAUAAAUUUCAUGCUCGACGAUAAGGUAAAGAGCAGUGCAGAGACACUAGCAAAGGCGAUGAAGGACGAGGAUGGUGUGGCUGGAGCCGUGAAGGCCUUCUUUAAACAUCUUCCAAGUGCAAAACAGAAUAUCUCGGAUCCGAUCCCAGAACCUUCUGGAUUUCUCUCUUUCAGGAAAUGCUUUGGCUGUUCGUAACUUUCUUCUCUCCCUCCAGAAUCUCCUCUUUUCUCUUUUGUAUUGUUGUCUCUUGUAAUGUUUUUCUUCUUCGGUUUUGGCUAUACAACAACUUGCUUAGGAAAAGUUUUAACAUUUGUGAAGUGCUUGGGAAAUUUGCUGUUCUAGGGGAUGCAUAUAUUAUAAAAUUGUUAUAAGCAGCAAAAAAAAAAAAAAAAAAAAUUUCUGAAGAUGUGCAGAUUAGUGAACAUUGUUGUAUCGAGUUUUAAUAUUAUGACAUAUUUUGUUUCAGUUUCUUGAGCUGCAACUUCAAUGGAAUGGUGUUGUACAGAAACAACAACAAAUCUCUAUUUUUUUUUAUUAAUUUGUUGCUUCUUUUGUUUUGGUCAUGAAUUGAUCCAUGUAAGAGCAUGCUUGAUUGCUUCUUGUUGUUGUUGUUGUUGUAUAAUUGAUACGGCCGAUAAAUGAAUAUCCUAAUGUGGUGAGCU